AUGAAUAAGUUUCACAACAUUCUUUUAGAACAGUGCUCGAAGACAGUAUUGAAAAAUAUCUCAAAUUUUUUAAAGAAAGAUAUUCGCGAAGUGAAAGAUUACAAACAAAUCUUUUCGAAGAUAUCUGAGAAUUAUGAUGGUGCAUUGUAUAAAAACUCACAAGUGAAUAAAAAUCGUUUACAGGAGAUAAUUGAAGCUGAAAAUUAUGUUUUCUCAACAAAAUCUCAAUUCCAACAUUCCGCAUUGGAUUAUGUUAAUUACAUCACAAUGAUACAAUCAAAGAAGCGACCUGAAAUUCUCUCAACACUUUUAAGUUACGUUUCAGCAUGUUCAACGUAUUUCCAUCAAGGGAGUGAUUUAUGCCAAGACUAUGACACCUAUUUGUUCAAAGAAUUGGACGAAGAAGUUACAACUAUGAGAAAUGAAUAUGCACAACUCGAGAAGACAAUGCAGAAACGUCAUAAUUAUGUUAAUGGGUUUUUAGAUGAGCCAAAGGAAGUCUCGGAUGACAACAAAGUCAUUGGACGAGAAAUGGAAGGAUAUUUAUUCAAGCGAACAUCAAAUGCUUUUAAAACGUGGAAUCGUAGAUGGUUCUACAUGAAAGACAAUAAAUUAUAUUACAGGAAACGUUCGGGAGAAGAUCUUCCAACAAUUAUGGAAGACGAUUUAAAAUUGUGCACAGUUCGACCCGUAACAGAUUCUGAUCGAAGGUUUUGCUUCGAAGUCAUUUCACCUACAAAAAGUCACAUUUUGCAAGCUGACUCUGAGAAUCAAUAUCAAGCUUGGGUUCAAGCUUUGCAUUCUGGCAUUGGACAUGCAAUUCAGAAUAACAGUCGCUACUCAAACCACAUGUGUGCAUCGUCUUCAUCAGUAUCAUCAAGUAAUCCAAAUCCUAGCUCGUCAAUGGCACCGCCAGCAAAUAAACCGAAGGAAAAGAGAAUAAAUUGGCGACAAAUGUUGUUGAUUCCUGGCAACAUGCGUUGUGCUGAUUGUGGAAGUUCUGAUCCAAAAUGGGCAUCAAUUAAUUUGGGAAUCACUUUGUGUAUAAGUUGUUCCGGUGUUCAUCGAUCACUUGGCGUUCAUUAUUCGAAAAAGUUUGUUCUUCCAUUGAAUGAUGAAAACAAGAAAACUGAAUUGUUACCCCCAAACCUUCUUCCCUCACCAAGCAAAUGGAGUGUCAAGAAGCAUCGUCGUCGUGCUGCUAGACGUCACAUAAACAAUAAUAACGACAUGAAGAUAACAUCAAAGGAACAUGACAACAGUGAAGAUGAAAAAGAAAUCAAUGAAAGUAUUUUGAUAUUGGGAAAUUGUUUGAUUGAUAGUAAUUACAGUUUGAUUCCGGAGACUUGUAGUUUGUUUACAAAUUCCGAUCAAGAAUCAACAAGUGGAGAAGAAGACGUUCUUGAUGAAGAAGAAAUUGACAAAUUAAACCCAAAUUAUGUUCUCUACAAAGCGACAACAGCUCACAAUCUCCCAGUGAUGUGUCAAGCAAUAAGUCUUGGUGCUGAUAAGAAUUGGGAGAAUCCUGACAAUUUAAAUCGUACACCUUUGCAUCAGGCAAUAUUAUCGGGAUCUCUGAUGACAUGCGAAUUUUUGCUUCUCAAUGGUGCCAACAUUAAUUGCACAGACAUCAAGGGCUAUACACCACUGCAUUUAUCAAUUGAAAUUGGCAACACAGCUCUCGCUUAUCUCUUACUCAAACAUAAAGCCAAAUAUGAUUUAACGACAAAUGAUGGAAAACUUCCAAUCGAUUUUGCAGUUGCAACUGCUAAUGCUGAUGUUGUGACGCUUCUUCGUCUGCAUCAACUGAAUGAAGAAAUUGGCGCAACAGAUGAUGGAGAACCAGGUGGAGAUUCAACGUACAAUGAUGUCAUGCGUGACUUUUCACAUUUGGCUAACAAUCAACGUCUUAGAACAACAAGAAGAGACGAUGGCAGCUCAUCUUCAUCAUCAAUCGCUAACUCAAAUAACAUGGACAAUAUUUCAAUGGAUUAAAGUUUGCACAACAUUAAAUAAUCGGAUCUCUCAUUAUCCGUGAAUCUCUUUGCAUCACAUAAUUGUUGGAAUAUCAUCGCUUUAUUAAAUUGUUUAAUGAUAUUCAGAGUAGAAAUCAAAUUAAUCGUUAACCAUGUUGCACCAAAAUUUGUUAUUCCUUUAUUUCCAUUCAUGUUUCAUUUGAGAUGAAGUUAAUUAAUGAUCAGAUAGAACAUUUAAGGAUGUUUAUUGGUGAAUAUUGUUAAUGCUACGAAGAUAAUUCAAAUAUUCAAAUUCAUUCCAAGAAUAAAAUGUUGCGUUUGUUGCAUUUAAAAUUUAAGUUUUCGCACCAGAAAAACAGAAAAAAAUUUAUUAUUAAUUUUUUUUGAUUAAAUCAAAAGAAAAAGUGUUUUCCACGAUAUUUAUUUUAAGUUUUUCAUUCAUCAAUUAAAUUACACAAUCUUAAUCUAAAUAUUUGCAAUUGUUUAAAACUUUAUCAUUUAUCUUUAAUUUUUUAUUUUAUUAAGAAAAAAACUUCCUUAUUUUUAUAUUCUUAUAUAUUUGAUUUAAAUAAUUAUUUGCACACAUUGACGCUACUCAAGAGAAACUCACGAAUAAAGAAAUAAAAAUGGGAACGAAAAGUUACACAUUUACAAAGUUAAUUGAAAUUUGUUUUUCACAUUUAAGAGAAAUCGAAUUUAUGUCUUUUAAGAUUUAAUUUUUUUACUUUACUGUGUGCUCAAAUAUUGAAGAUUCAAACAAAUCAUCACUCACGAUGAAAAGUUUUCCUUUUUCUAAUCGUAAUCAUUAAUCAAUAAUCGCAAAGUGCUGCUGAGAAGGUAAAAAGUCUUAUAAAUUGAGAUGAGAGAAAAACGAACAUCAAUGUUUAUCUAUCUUGUCAUAAAACUACAAUCAACGUCACACACAUAUGGCUUACUCGUGCUGUUUUCUUUUAUUUUAUGAAGUCAUGGUUAAGAAUGUUUUCCUUAAAAUCUAAAGAAAUUUACUUUCUUCACAGAACAUCCUACAAACAGAAUUUUAAUAAUGAUGACAGCGACGAGCUUUUUCGAAUGAUUAAAAUAAAUUAAAGAUGGGCCUUAUCUACUAGUUACGGGUAUUAGUUUUUCUCUUUAACUAUUCUUCUUCCUUCUUUUAUAUUUUUCUAAUAAUUUCAUGACAUAAAAGAAAAACAGAAACUUUUCGCGAUUUUCUUUUUGCUUUUUUUUUAACUCAUUUGAGAUGAGAAAUAUUUCUUUAAAUAAUUAAAUGAUCUUGUACUUGUUUGUCCAUUUUUCUUUCUUUUUGCUAAAUCUGCUAAUGAUUCAUGGCUGCUUACCUUGGAGGAAGCUUACAAUUUCUCGAGAUAAAUAACUUUAGCUGUGGUUUGCUCUGGUUGCGUUGUGGUUGUUGUCGUGACCGCUGUUGUUGUCGUUUGUUGUUGUUCGUCAGAAUCCCCUUCGGUUUUUGUAGCGUUCUGUUUACUCUCAUGAGAUAUUCUCACAUGUUCACGUAAACUGUAUUUGUUCUUAAAUGUUUUCUUACAAUAUUCGCAUUUUCUUGGCGGUUGAGAUGUGUGCUGUGUUCGAACAUGCCUCCAGAGAUUCACUGACGUUAUGACCAACUUACAAUACUGACAUUGUGUCCAUUUACUGUUCGCUUCUUCACCUGAUUUCUCGUCCGUUUCUAAAAUGAAAUCUUUAUCAACAUCACCCGUCGCCAUUGUUUCUGCUUGUUCAUCACCAGUUGUGUCAUUACCAACAUCAUCUGCCAUUUGCUGCUUUCCUUCUUCGAUAAUCUCAAAUGUUUCCUGCAUUAAUGUCAUUUCUUCCAUGUUAUCCUGACUUUGUUCAGCGUUUUCUAUUGCACUGACGACAUAAUUACAUUCCGGCAUUCCUGACUUCAUUGUUAAAUACUCAACUUCCUCAAAUACUGAUUCCUUUCCAUUUUCAUCUACAAUCACUGUCUCUUGUUUACCGAAACUGUUCUCAACAGCUUCAGUAAUAAAUUGUUGGGUUGUCGUUGCUGUAGAAUUCGAAUUAAUGGCGGGGACUUUUGCUGGUCGAGUUUCUUUUAUGGUGAAACGUUUGCGUUUUGUACCAAUUCCUGAUUGAUCAAACACUACGUUUUUGAUGGUUUGAACUGUUUGGUUUUCAAUUUUAAUGGGAGAUGUUUUAAUAAUGUUGUUGGUAUUUUGUUGCUGGUUGUUGGAGAUAUUUUGUGGAGUGGCAAGUAAGAUUUUGUUGCCUUCAGGCACCGACAACACUGAAAAGAGCGACUCGGAUUGAGUAACUGGUGUCGCUAUGAGUGAUUUUUCAGGUACAAUCUCCUGAUUUUCUGAUAACCCUCGAACUUGUAACAUUUCAGCUACAUGAAGAAAUGAUGACAAUGAAUCUUGACUGAUGGAAACUUCUCCCUUAUACAUAAACUCAACAAUGUUGGCGAGAUCGUCAAACUUUACAUUUUUGAAAAUUACCACUGGAUGUUUACAAGGAUUUUCCAUAAACGUUUCACGAAAAUAAGUACUACAAACACUGAGAAUGAUUUUGUGAGCUCUCAAUCGUUUUCCAUCGCAACAAAGCGUAACAUCUGUGAGAAAUUCGUCCUCUGAUCGUAAAACGUUAAAAGAAUUCGCUAAAUGCUGGCAAUGUGAAUGCCAUUUUAGUGAAAAUUGUUGGGAAGCCAUCUGAAAAUUGCAUAUUCUCAGCUUCCUUGAAUAAUUUAACAAUUUUCUUCAAGCACAACAGAUGAAUUGAGUUAUUGGUAAAAAUAAAAACACACUUUGAGAUUAUUAAAAGCCUC